AUGAGCGACUUUUCAUCAGAAGAAUUUGAAGAGGAAUUAGAUUUUGGGACGCGCCGAUCUGGGCCAGGAGAAAAAUGGACAGGAGAUGGACGCUCUCGACAAAAGGAACGCGCCAUGCUGGGCAUCUUCGGAAGCGAUGAGGAAGAAGACGGAUACUAUAAUCCAGAAGUUAAGAAUUUUCGCGUUCCUCCAAAAAAUAUACGAUUUGUUGGAAAGAAUGAGCAGCUGAAGUCAGAACAAACAGUAACCUCUAGUGAUUUACUCGAGGGGACUCAUAAUACUCCCAGAAAAGAAAAAGAAAACGGUGGUGAGAUUCCAAAAAUGAAAUUUAAUACUAAAGGAUUCGGCGCAAAAAUGCUGGAGAAAAUGGGAUACAAAAAGGGACAAGGUUUAGGAGCGAAUGCCGAAGGUAUAGCGGCUCCUGUGGAAUCCAAAUUGCGCCCAGAAAGGGUCGGUUUGGGUGCAAUUCGUGAAAGAACAGAAAAAGAAAGACGUGAAGCAAUCCUUCGAGGAGAAAUUUCGGACAGCGAAGAUGAAGAAAUCCGCCAGAAACGAGAGAGAGAAAGUAAGAUGAAAAAGAAAACUAAAGAAAAACUAAAGUCUUCUUCCGAGUUGUCAAACGCCUUGGGAGACUUUUCCAUUCCACCUGUCCUUGCUAGUAUUCUGGAUGCCGGCAUCAAUGAAACGAAGAGGAUUGAGGUAACCUCCACUAUUUUAAAACCUGGAGCUGAAAUCAAUGAGAAAGACGUUAAUGAUUCGAUAGACCAACUUUCUCGCCUAGCGCGCGUGGAAUCAGAAAAUUAUGUUACGAGCUGGCAGCAGCUGCAAGCCCGAAAAGCGUACAUUAGGAUGGAAAAAGAAAGAAUUUCAAAUGAGUAUGAUCAAAGAAAUAUGGAAAUUAAUCGGUUGGAAAAGUUGCUGGAAAAGGUUGACGAAAUUCAUGCUGGUAUAGCAAAUAUGGCUGUGGAAGAUGUGAAUGAAUCUGUAGAUGAAUUAGAAAGAGCCAUACAGCCUGUAACAUAUUUGAUUGAGAUACUUCCUGUUGAAUUUACUGAACCCAACAUGCAUUACGAACUCGAUUCUGUCGCUGUAAGUAUUUUGAUGGCUGUGGUAUCUAAGCCAUUCCAGAAUUGGGAUGUUUUUAGACACCCUUACUUUUUGUUAGAGCAUUUUUUAUCUUGGAGGAACUCUCUUCAAUCAAAUGCGUUCCGUCCCAAGACAGAUCGUCCUGAUACGUUUUUGGAUAUGGAACUAGAAAUGGAAGAAGACCAGUCAGGCCAGGCAAAUUUUACUCACUAUGAAUCUUUAAUGAUGGCGCUUUGGGAAACAAGGGUUUCUAAAGCAUUACGGGAUGAUUGGAAUAGCCGAGAUACUUCAAAAGCAUUACAAUUACUAGAAGCAUGGGACAUGGUUGUUCCAUCUAAAGUCAAGGAAGUACUAAUCAAGGAUUCUAUUCUCCCGAAAUUGCAAGAUGAAAUUAAUAUAUGGAAGCCGUCAAUGCGAUCACGAAAGAGAUCAGCCGAUUCUUUGCAUCACUGGAUAUUUCCAUGGUUACCGUAUUUGGGAAGUUUUUCUGAUGACCUUUUGUCGGUGGUCUUGACGCGUCUGUCAAGGGUAUUGUCCGGAUGGGAUAUCGGAUUUGGGCCGUUGGAUGAUUUUAGCGCUUGGCGAUUUGCAUUUACGGAUGAUAUGUUAGACCGUGUAUUGGAAAAGACGAUACUGCCAAAGUUAGAAAAGCUCUUGCAGGAGAAAUUAGUGAUUGAUCCUUCAAAUCAAGAUAUGAACGUCAUAUUAACUGUCCUUGCGUGGAAAGAUGCCUUCCGGGCCACUGUUUACGGAAAGUUACUGAUUGAUCACUUUUUUUCGAAAUGGCUGAUGAUUUUGUAUGAAUGGCUUACCUUUUCACCCAACUUUGAAGAAGCUAGUGAAUGGUAUAGAUGGUGGAAGUCGUUUUUUCCAGAAGACGUAGCGACAAAUGUUUAUGUACAACAAGGAUUUUCCAAAGGUUUAGAUAUGAUGAAUGAAUCUUUGGAAAACAAAACCAUUACUCCACCAACUUCUUACGUGGGCGCACAGAUUCAACAAAAAUUGGAUGGCAACGAAAAGAAGUUGAAUGCGCAAAAGCUGGCAAAUCAACUACGAGAUGAAAGUAUUCGCCAAGCUCCAGAAACUGUUAGUUUCCGAGAAAUUGUUGAAGAUUUUUGUAGUGACCAGGGUUUCCUGUUGGUACCUUUACGGAAGUCGCAUCCCCUUAGUGGGAAUGCUCUUUUCAGAAUUUCUGCUCAAGCUGCAAAGUCUCGAGGGAUUACUGUUUAUUUAAAGAAUGAUAUUAUCUGGAUGAAACCUUUCGGUGCUACAGAGGACGCUGUGUUUCAACCUAUCGGGUUUGAAGAAAUUCCUACCCUCUUGAAUCCACGUCCCUCUUGA